CCGACUUAUCCUUUUUUGUCACUUUUCCCCCAAAUUCUAUUUUUUGCAAUAAACUUCUAGCUCCUCCACAGUCACCUAUUUUGCAAUCUAAAUGGUAUUUCCAAGUCCUCCAGUAUUGAAAACUACAAUCAUCCAACUAAAUAAAGAGUUGGAUUCCGAUGAUAAAAAUUACGAAAUAUUAACGAAUGAAUAUACAAAUAACUCCACCAACAACUCCGUGGAUAUAAUAAACUCAGGAUCGGGUUCAUCCUCCCUUUCAAACAACAAGAAGAAACGAAGAAGAUCAUCCGCUAAUAUCGACUCAGAAGAAUUAGCCAAACGGAAACAUGAAACUAAACAAUUACAUUCCAUAAUCGAAAAACGAAGAAGAAUUAAAAUCAACCGUGAGUUUGAAGCAUUGAAGUAUUUGAUUCCUGCUUGUAGAGCCUCCAAUGCCAACCAACCAACUGCUACCGCUAAAAAGAAUCAACCAAAUCCCGGUAAUGCCAACGGGAACAAAAUUGAUGGAAUGUACAAAUUGACUAUCUUGAAAUCUUCUGUGGAAUAUAUUUUAUACCUUCACCACAUCAUUCAAAAGCAACAUGAAUUACUACAACAGAGUAACAACGAAGCAUAUUCCAAAUUCAAUAUAGAUUUUGCCAAGAUUCCUUUGGAUGUCAACCAGUAUAGAAAUAUCGACAAAGAAUUCAAUUUUAAAGAACUACUUGAAGGGACAAGUCCUUCCACCUCAUCGAGUGAAAUGUCAUCAUCAGGAAGGAGUUUUGACUAUAGAACACAUUCGAUAGUGGAAGAACAAGAAGAAGACGAUGAAGGGAAUACUAGCAGCACAAGCACUGCCACUAUCAAUGGUCCUACCACAACUAAUACCCCCACCAACUACCAAUCUACUAUACCGAUGAGUGCAUCCUCAAGUAUAUCCGAACUCAAGAAACCACAAUUACCAUCACCAGAAUUCACUCCAGAUAUCGCACCAAUACUAACCAUGUUAAACAAAUACCAAACAGCCUCGUCCGCAUCACAAUCACCAAACCUUAUAUCUCGAAAGUCCUCAUAUGCUUCUCCAAACAUGUUAGGUAUAAAGUCAAAUAACCCCUCUCCAUUCACCAUCCCUAUGAAAUCUACAUUAUCUGGUUCAGCCUUUACAUCUCCUUCUAUGAUCGGGUCCUCCUCCUCUUCAGCUAAAGCCAAUGGGUUCAGAUUACCUGAACCAGCCGUUGAAGUUGACCAACAGUUGGUACCACCUCGCAAAAUGUACUUCAAGUCCAAGAGCAAUGCCAGUUUCGCUAAAGAAGAUAGUUACGAAGAUAAAGAUCAAGAUGCUCUGAAAACAUUGUUAGCUUUACGAAAAUCAAGUAUUGAUAGCUUGUUAAAUUAAGGUAGGAAUAUUUCUUUCAAUUCUAUAUAGUAUUAAUUUUUAGUUUACACCUUCUACUAGCCCGUUUUCCCGUAAAUAUUCUAUGUACUCAUCCAUUACAUUGGGCCAACUUUGCAUUUCAUCGUAAUCUUUAAACGCCACUGGAUCUUUGAUUAUGAUGUCCUGCACAAAUAAAUAAAAUUGACACCAGCCGUCAAAACUAAAUGGUUUCUUGUGAUCUUCAAGUACAAACUCGUACCAUUGGUCGAGUCUUUCUUCUACCUGUUGUUUAACUGGAGCACCAACUUUCUUCAAAACCAAGGGAAGCAACAAUUUCCAGUAGUCAAUACAUGUUUGAACAUCCAAUACUCGUUGAUUUUCUACUUCUUUUAAAAACUCAAAUGUAAACUCAUACAUUCCUUUCAAGGUCAAUGGCUUGUCUUCCAUUACAUCAAUAUACUGGUUACCCAGGUCAAGAAUAUCAUCAUGGACAUGUAAUAUGACGUUCUUCAUCUGUGUAAUAGUAUAACAUUCAUAAUGUUGCCAAAUUGUAAGAAACGCAUCCUUAUUGAAAACCCCUACCCUGGGUGAUUUCAAAAAGUAUGCUAGUGUAAGUGCAAGAGGGUCUUCUGGAGUGAUUGACAAAUCCUCAAGGUAUGCCAACGUUCCAUCAAUACCUAUAUGCUCAUCAUCCUCCCGAUACUUCUUGAACAAACUUACUAAUCGUUUAUCACUCUUCACAGGAGGUUUACGAUUGGUUGUAGUAGUGGUAGCAGGACUGGCAUUUCUAUUAUAGAAAUUGUCCAACGCGGCAUUCAAAUUGUAAUUUGCAUUUUCAACAAACUGUUGGGCCUGGGGGCCAGGAACACCAGUCAAUUCUUGGAAUUGGCGCUUCACUUGCUGCUUAGACUUUUUUUUUAUUAGACGCUGUUGGUUGUGUUUUCCUGGGCUU